UCUAGAGGGUGUUGGUAGAGGAGAGGUAUUACCGUAGUGUGUACAUUGUGUGUACUCUGUCAGCGUGGGAUCACAGAACACCUAUACCUGCCUAUACAAACCAAUACAAACUAUGUUGGGAUGGCAUAGGUGUUCUCCACAGUCAGCUCUGCUGCUAAAUGCGCCGUGAAUCUUUUAGAAUGCCUAAUGUGUGUUGUGCUGUGAAAGGGUGCCAGCGUCAUCGAGAGAGCAACGAGGGCGUCUACUUCCACACUCUGCCUCCGAGCGCCUCCAGAAAAAGGAAAUGGGAAAAAGCCAUCGGCUGCACCUUGCCGUAUUCUGCUCGCGUCUGCUCCGCUCACUUUCUUGCCUCGGACUAUUUACUACAUUACGGAGACCAAAGGCCCCUACAUAGACUCAAAUGGACUGCAGUGCCUUCUGUUGAUCUGUGCAUCUACGAAGACGUGAUACAUGCAGUGAAACAAGAGCCACCGCAGAGCCCAACAACUUCUGCAGGUGAAUCUGGCGAGAGUUCUGGAAUAUCACCCAAGGCUGAGAUUGGCAAGAAAUCACGACAUCGCUGUGCGGUUGUUGGUUGCACCAAGCCCACCAAGCCUCUACAUCGGAUGCCCCAGAACCUCGAGCUGCGGCGCAAGUGGCUGGAGAUAAUCGGCCUCCUCGAGUCGGAGACGCGAACCUUCCUAUUCGUGUGCAAACGGCAUUUUGCCGCCGAUGCUUACACACUAAAUCCAGACCUGCUGCAGGACAUGGGCUUCACAACUAGGUACUACCUGCGGGCAGAUGCAGUGCCAUCCCUGUUUCUUCCCAGCGAUCUAAAGCAAGAAGCACAGCAAGAAACACCGCAGAGCCAUUCAACAGCUGAAACACAGCCCCAGGCUCCACUGCGGCAGUAUGGCCGUAUUCGUCCGAGAGGGACUAUGAGCACACAAACUGCCCCUUAUCAACGUACAGUUCGUGCACAGGCCACUCCACUGGCCAAGGGAAAAGAUGCCGACAUGCAGGCGGACCUCGACUUUGGUGUCUCGGCGGGGACACAGACCGAUGACCUGGCACUGUUCACACGUACGACACAGAACAUCGAGCAAAAUGCUGCAUCUCCACCGGAUCGAACGUGUGACUGCAGCUGCCAUCGCGUGUGCCACUGUAGUUGCCGGCAAAGUGCAGUGAACUCGAUAGCCACACAAACUACCACAAUUGGGAGCGUGAUCUGCCUGUGGACAUCAUGAUAAAGUCUUGUAAGUGACGUUGGUAGACUUCAGUGUCAACAGACUUAUGUCUGUGGUGGCACGGACCACUGCCUGUUCUGUGGUAUUGCCCGUGACAAGGAGUGCCAUGUCAUUCUCUGGCAGUAUGACUAGUUCCAGAGACCCGAUUCGUCAAUUCAAGUGGCACCAAACAACCAAGUGCAGCUUGAGGAAGAGGUGCCAACAGAAUGCAGAUGCGAUCAACAGUGCCGUUCAACAAAGGGGCAAAGUCAUCAGCCUUCUUUCCGUACCUUUGAUGCCAAGCUUCUCUGCUAACAUUAUCCUAUGGCACUCUCACCAGCUGCGACUGAUAGCACAGAAAAAUUUUCAUCUGACCAAAGAUGAUCAAGUUCAUUCUUUGGCUACUACUCAUGGUAACUUGUGAGAAAAUGGUUCUCAUAUAUCAUCCUGCUUUUCACCUUUGAAAUUUAAAAGCAGAGAUGAAAAGCAAAGGCAUGCAAUAAACCAUGUGACAUUUCCUGAAA